UAACAUUUAGGUUUCUAGCCUGUUAUCCUGCUGACUAACUGUAUUGUAUAAUGUGGAUAUAUUUGUGCCAAGUGAAAACUAUCUAUGGGGUGCGGUAAUAGCAAAAUAUUACCAGAGUCUCCUUUUGAUGACAAAAAGGAUGUGCAAUACAUUAAAUCAGUUGACUCGUUUUCGAAGAAAGGAAAAAAGUCUGUGAGUUCUAAGCAAGCAUUUAUGAAUGGAGAUGGAGAGAAGGGAAAGCAAACCAACAACAACAACAAGGGCAUGGCAAAAUACAAAGCCAAGUUCGAUCCAAGGGUUGUGUCUAAAUACGACAUCAAGGCUUUAAUAGGACGCGGGAGCUUCAGCAAAGUUGUGAGGGUUGAACAAAAAGGAACCAAGCAACUUUAUGCCAUUAAAAUGAUAGACGUGAAGCAGAAGGAAGGGCGUGAUGUUUGCGAGUCUGAACUUCGUGUGUUGAGGAGAGUCCGACAUAGAAAUAUUGUCCAACUUAUCGAAGUGUUCGAGGCUCCUGAUAAAAUAUACAUGGUCAUGGAGUUGGCUACAGGGGGUGAACUCUUUGACCGAAUCAUUGCUCGGGGUAGUUUUUCAGAGCGGGAUGCUGUGAAAGUCCUCCAGAUGGUUCUGGAAGCAGUUGGCUACCUCCAUUCUCUAGGGAUCACCCACAGAGAUCUCAAGCCAGAGAAUUUGCUAUAUAAUCACCUCGGUAACGACUCAAAACUUCUGAUAACAGACUUUGGUCUUGCUUCAACACGUCGGUCGUGGGAUGACACUACCAUGACAACCACAUGUGGCACCCCAGAGUACAUUGCCCCUGAGGUGUUAAUGCGAAAAGCUUAUACUUGCGCCGUGGAUUGUUGGGCGUUGGGGGUGAUCACAUACAUUCUACUAAGUGGUACCAUGCCUUUUGAUGACGAGAACAAAGUAAAGUUAUACCGGAUGAUUCUCAAAGCCGAUUACAACUUCAACGGGGACCCGUGGCCGCACGUCUCCCAAGCAGCCCGUGAAUUCAUCACGGCAUUCCUAACAGUCAACCCGGACGAUCGAAUGUCGCCUGUCAAGGCACUCAAACACCCAUGGAUCAACAGCAACUCAGCACAAUCCAACAAAAACUUACACAGGUCCAUCUCGCAGAAUUUGUUGAAGCGAGCGUCGUCCAGAAACAGCAACAAAUCGGCGACGUCUGGGCGCUCGUCCAAGUCCAAUCGAUCACUUCGAUCGCAACACAGAAAGGUGAAAGCGAAAGAGUUGGACGAGAUUUUAAAGAAAUACAACUACUACCAGUAACUUAGAAGCGUCCAACACCAUAAACACACGGAUGAACAACGGCACAAUAUCUCAACACCGUCAGGAUGUGUGUACUCAAGCACCGAUGUAGUUUAUAUCUUGGUCCUGGCACCGUAGGCCCGCUGUUUCAACAAGCAGAAUAAACUUACUCUUUAUAUGACGCAACAAUGGAACCGCUCCGAUUGUGACGUCAGGAGCAGUGUACCGCCGCAGAGGGCGCUCUUCUCUCCCUGCACAACGCCCUACCAGGUCUCGGGUGUCGAUGCCAAGAUAGAUUAAACCGUCAGAACAUCAGCCAUUGUUCUACGCACGAUCUUCUAUUCUCGUAUCCGCGAGCAUUCCUUCGUAGCUUAAUCCUCGUCUGUGUUUAUGCUUUGCUUUUCUCAGCAGCCUGGGGCGUACAACGUCCAGCACCUCGCCACCUAACUACCCCGAUGUCGUUCUUUAAAAUCAACUGGCGAAAUUCGCUCCCCAAAAAAGGUGCACAAGCUCCUAAACCUCCACCGCACCCAGCAGGACCACGGUGUACGGAAACCUCAACCCCCUUGACACAAUUCUAGAUACAACACCCCACGCAACAGACUUGGAUUUUGUGACAGGAGGACGUGCAAUAGCGAGUUCCCGCUUCGUUUUCUUUGCCCAAGAUCGUGUCUUUCUUUUUCAUUGCUUCCGCAUAUUGCACUUACAAAACUUUCUGCGAGAUUACGGUCGCUUCGCCCUGGCCGACAUCCGCAUGCUAGCGGCCGUUAUAUUCGCGGGCCGCUUAAUCGUCGGCUGCCGCAGUGGUGAAAAUUAUUAAAUUAAUAUUGUUAAGUCGCCGAUCCACACAGCAGUGUGCAAUUUCAACUCGUCUGACUUUCGUUCGCGGACGCAGAUUCUACAAGCCCGUGGGCAAUUACAAAUUCCGCGAAACGUCAUCCACAAAAAUCUCCCCUUCGUGAUUGGCCAAGGGUCGACCAAUCACAGUUUCUAAUGACGUCAUGCUCCACCGCCAAAGAAAUAACAAAACUUCACUAAAUUUUUUUUGCAGAAACUUCUGAACACCGAUUCCAUACAUUCCAGUGGAGUUUUCGAAGACUUAUUUAACGAACUAACCGCUGAAUACCGAGUGCUUUUAUUGCAAUUGAUAUCUACCUUCUGUAGCCUUGCGAAGUCAAACCGCUCGUCACUUUCCGCACACUCGCCUAACGAAGCGAUAUCACUGUGAUGACGUCAUUAUUCCCCUUAUGUAACGACGCAAGAGUUGAAUUCGUACUCUGCGUUUUUAGUAUUGAACCUUUAUUUUUAUUUGUUCUUCCGUGCCUUUUUUUGGCACAAGUUUAAAACUGAUUAAUUGAAAAUAUCCAUACAACAAAAUCCAACUAGUUGGUUCGUCGUUUUGACUUCGUACACAAUUUGCAAUCACCAUUGUCAGUCUACUUGCUUAGAAACCGGCAUUUUCACCGAACCCGCUGUCUUUACGCUUCGCAGAGUGAAAUAAAAUGCCUCCAAAAACA